AUGUCUAAAUUUGCAAUUCCAAAUCCUCAAGAUGUAAUGACUACAGCCAAACAAUCAUUAUCACUUUACAAUGAUAUCACCAAUCAAAUCAAAAAUGAUAACAAAAAACUAGUGUUUAUUGUAAAUCAUACAGCCUUUCCAAUGCAAGUAGGCUUUGUCAGUGGAGAUGAUGUCGGUGCUCCUAUUCAUGUUGGACCAGGUCAACAAACUCAUAUUACAUUUGCACCUCAUUUACUUGGAAGAACUCUCUUUUGGGCAGUCAUUACAAGCAAGUGGAGAAAGAUUCAUAUCGAUGUCUAUGGUGGAGGUGCUCCAUCCAGAUCAAAUUUGAUUCAACUAUACGAUCACCACAUUAAUCUAAAUUAUUCUCACUACAAGAAUUGGGAUGAUCCUAAUAUUAACAAAAGAAUGGAUUAA